GAACGAACGCGACCAGAGGAACAAGAGGUGGGGAUCAUAAAGCUCUACGAGCGACAGGCCGGAUUCCGUAGUGUUCACGCGAGUGCGGCUCCGAGGAGAGGUUUCACGCGCGACGUUUCUCAUCGGCGAAGAUCGACUGCUUGCACGUGGGAAGAGCUGUAGAGCGAAAGAUCAAGCGGCGGUGAUGGCGGAGAAGAGAGUAUUCACGCGGAGCGAGGUCGCGAAAAACGACGACCGCGACAAGGCCCUUAUCAUCCUGCACGACAAAGUAUACAACGUCCACAGCUUUCUCAAUGAGCAUCCGGGCGGCGAGGAGGUCCUGUUGGAUCACAAAGGCCAGGACGGCUCCGAGGACUUCGACGACGUCGGGCAUUCGAAGGACGCGAUGGAGCUGAUGAAGACGUACCAGGUCGGCGUGCUCGCCGAGUCGGAAAGGACGAACAAAUCGCCGAAGAAGGGCUGGGUGGCGGGAUAUACGAAGAAUGCGGAAAAGUACGUUCAGGGACCUGGCGUGCCUUUCUACCUGCUCGUAGGCGGAAUCGCGCUUCUAGUGGGCCUCUACUUUUACGUGUAAUCAUCAAGCAGCCGGGAUUAAUUCGCGAAAGCGCUGUGGACGUGUGAUAGUGCGACGUGUGAUAUACGAUGAAAGAAUAUUCUCGUAUCAGUCUCUAUAUGAUAGCCAAAGCGUAUCUCAAACGAUUAACUUCCUCUUCUUCCAACCGAAGUCUUAUACUUUGUACUUUAUGUAUCCGUCGAACGCGUCACGCUCCGUUAUACGAAUAGUUAAUGUUCCGAUUAACGUUAAUACUGUCAGUAUCUAAGCAUUGUUUUAUUGGAAUAUACACAAUGUUUUUUUUUUAUACGCAGAAUAUAAAUGUAAAAUUAGAAUUAAUCGCUAAGACGCUAAUGCAAGAAUGAUAAAUUUUUAAAUCAGUCGGCGAUUUUUUAAAUAAAAUCAGAACAUAUUUAGACGGAUUAAUUUUAAUCGUUGAAUUAAGCGAUUUUAUUACACAGAGUAAAUUUUAUAUCUGA